CUGACCAGCCUCUCUCUCUCCCUCUGCAGGGUACUCAGGACGCCACGGCCCCGCCUGAAGCGAUGGCCCAGCCCUAUCCCCCCACCCAGUACCCUCCUCCGCCACAGAACGGCAUCCCUUCCGAGUAUGCCCCGCCCCCACCGCACCCCACCCAGGACUACUCCGGCCAGACCCCGGUCCCCCCGGAGCAUGGCAUGACCCUGUACACACCAGCACAGACGCACCCCGAGCAGCCAGGCACCGAGGCCAGCACACAGCCCGUUGCUGGGGCCCAGACAGUGCCGCAGACAGACGAGGCGGCACAGACGGACAGCCAGCAGCUCCACGCCUCUGACCCCACAGAGAAGCAGCAGCCCAAGAGGCUCCAUGUCUCCAACAUCCCCUUCCGGUUCAGGGACCCCGACCUGCGGCAAAUGUUCGGGCAAUUCGGAAAAAUUUUAGACGUGGAGAUCAUUUUUAACGAGCGGGGCUCCAAGGGUUUUGGGUUUGUAACUUUUGAAACUAGCUCAGAUGCUGACCGAGCCCGGGAGAAGCUGAAUGGGACGAUCGUAGAGGGACGGAAAAUUGAGGUCAAUAAUGCCACGGCCCGCGUCAUGACCAACAAGAAGACUGCAAAUCCCUACACCAAUGGCUGGAAGCUAAACCCCGUGGUAGGUGCGGUCUAUGGACCUGAAUUCUAUGCAGUGACGGGCUUCCCCUACCCCACCACGGGUACGGCUGUUGCCUACAGGGGUGCACACCUACGGGGCCGGGGCCGGGCCGUGUAUAAUACGUUUCGGGCUGCGCCGCCCCCACCCCCCAUCCCAACUUACGGAGCGGCACUGGAGCAAACGCUUGUUAAAAUGCCAGCCCCAUGGGCAGGGCUGGUACCCUGCCCCCUCCCUCCUCAGCAGACACCGGAGCCGGCCUACCCCGCCUCUCCAGCGUUCCCACCACUUUCUUGUCCGUUUGCUUCCAGGGUCGUGUAUCAGGAUGGCUUUUAUGGUGCUGAGAUUUAUGGAGGCUAUGCAGCCUACAGGUACGCUCAGCCAGCGGCAGCGGCAGCCUACAGCGACAGCUACGGCAGAGUCUAUGCGGCCGCUGACCCCUACCACCACACCAUCGGCCCCGCUGCGACCUACAGCAUCGGAACCAUGGCUAGCCUCUGCCGAGGAGGGUACAGCCGCUUCACCCCCUACUAGCAAGAGGCCCGGCCCCUAACAGCAUUCACUGACUGCCUAGUACACACCAAACCCAGCAGCCCAAAGGCAGGCACAGCCUCCCGGAGGACAGUGAGCCCCUCCUGGCCAGCGACAUGCACCGCUGGCCUUCUCGACCUAAGUCCAUAGGUUUCACCUCCAGCCAGCUGGGCCCCCCUCCAUGGCAUGUGUGUCUUUGCCCUGGUUACCUCUGUAUGUCUGAAACCUUGGUUCCUAUCUGGCUUUGUUGACGAUGUGCCCCCCUCCCCAGCCACUGCAGGUACAGUAUGCACAUAGUGGGAGGGGCUAGGCUGGGCAGAAGACCUCUCCCCAAGAACUAGCAAUACAGCCCGUGAGGUCAACACCCACUCCCCGUCCCCAUCCCUGGGGCCUCAGAGGACACCCGGCCAGGCCUUCCCAGGAAGCCACCCCUGCCAGGGGCUCAGGGGGUACAGAGUGCCUGGCCACACCGGGUGGGGGCUUCCCAGAUGAGACUGUGCCCCCUUCUGACCGCCGCCCAGCUCCUCACAGGAGGAGCUGUCUCUGCCCUACGCACACCUGUCCCGCUGGAACUAAAACUAACAUUUCUGAUUAAAGUCUAUGGACAACGUUUACUGCCAAAGUAAUCACCAGUUCGCCCAGAAGCAAACUGCUGCUGCCCCACCGGCCUCGGGGGCUGGUUGGCCUCUGCUCUAAGACCUGACAAGUGUAGGAAGAAGUCCUCCCACCCUCCAGGCCAAGGUGAUAGCUGACCCCCCGCCCAGCCCGCCUAGCAGCAGGCUCUCCCCGCUGGCCACCCUCCCCGGGGGCCCCUCAGUACCACCUGAGAUGGGGUCCCAGCCAGCCUGGCACUGUUCAUACUUGAGCUGCAGCACCACCUUCCCUUUCCCCAAGUUCGGAAGCAUCUUUUAAUCAGGCAUUCAGAAGGGUGGGAGCCUGCACAGGAGAGCAGGUGAUGCCCAUGCCCAGGCUUCUCUGGGAUGACCUCCCGCCGAGAGGCUGGGUGCUCAGCUCCGUACCGUUCCUGGGGCUGUGCAGGGCUCUGGGAGGAGAUGCUAGCAGGGGCUUGUAGGCACAGCUGACAGUCUGGGGAACGUCUGGAAGAGUCUAGCCAGGACAGCCGGGGCCCCUGUAACGUGCCACAGCUGGGCUUCCGGGGUGUCGAUGGACCCCUGCAGAGUGUGCGUUCCUGGACAGCCAGGACGUGACCUGCCUCCCGUUUCACCGGGGGCUUCCAUUCUUUGCUGGGGGAGUGGACAGACCAUGCCCAGGGUGCCCAGUCCCCUCUCCUCCCACUGCCCAGGGUACUACCUGUUCGGCUGUCCCAUUCCAGGCCCCCACAUGGCCCGUGCUGUGCCAUACGUCCAUCCAUCGCGCCUGACCUCUGUCUUUGUCCAGGCAGGGCCAGCCAGGCCUCUGCCCGCUCAGCUCUUCGUGGAGCCCAGCCCGGGCUGCUGUUUGUCCUCUCCUGCCACCCUGUGUCCCCAAGUCCACAGCCUGUACCCGGAGUGUGUCUGCUUUCAAUUCACCUUACGCGGGAUGAUGGGUUCCCAAAAGCUGGGCGUCGGGGCAGGUCUAGGAGCACCAGGAUUCUAGGCCCAGGGCCCAUGCCCCCCCGUCGGCCCCUCGGGGCCUCGGGGGCCAGGGCCCCUCACGGCACACCUGGCAGUCGCUCCUGUGAGACUGCAAGCCCUGCCUUUCUGUUUC